AUGGCUGGAGCUUCGAGGUCUUUAUGGCUCCAGGAGACCUCCCUGAAACUGGACAGCUACUGCUGGCGUGAGCACACCUUGGCCAAGCCCAUCCAAUACUCCAUCCCCACUCGCAAAUGGCAGCACUACCGGCCGCUGCGCGAGAGGCGGAAGACUUGGGACUUCGCACCGUUGAUCCCCGGCGAUCCGCAGACCUAUCAAUACACCGAGGAGGAGUCCUACCUGGAGAUGUAUGCCUCCUCUCUCUUUUGCAUCACGAAAAAGAAGGGUGGCUGGGAUUGCCUUCGGCAUUACGAGAUUUUGCUGGCUGGAUGCAUGCCUUACUUUCUGGACAUUGAUCUCAUGCCCAGUCGGAGCAUGGUGAACUUUCCAAAGCUCUUGAUCCAGGCGCUCAUGCGCUUGCCAGGAGUGCCGCCAGAGUCGGACGUGGUGGAGGCCAUGUCCAACGGUACCGGAAGCCGUUUGACGCUGGACCACGGUCGCUUCGACCGCGCGCUGUUCGAGCGGUUGCGGAAGAAGGUCCUGCACUACGUGGAGGACGGGAACACGAAGGAGUUCAUGCUCAGCUCACAGAGGGCUUUGGAGUUGCGCAUCACCACGCCACGCGUCUUCGUGCAUUCCACCUGCACGGCGGCCAAGCCGGUGGACUAUCUACGCGAAUUGCUGGUGAUUGGCUUGUUGGAGUUGGGUUUGGAGAUUUAUGUGAACUGCGACAUGAGCUACAUUUUUGCGGACUUCGAUGUGGCUAACCCGCCCCCUUCAGCCAGGACCUCUUAUGGCAGAGGUUUCCUCUAUGAACGUGCCCUGGAGACCUCCGCCCAACAGCGACUCACUUUCUGGCGCACUGGGGAUCCGGUGCCCUCCGAGCCCUUGACGUAUGUGAAGACCACGUACAACAACAAGCCAAUCCCUCAGGAGGACUUGGUGAGCCGAGGUGUGGAUUUGGUGGUGGAUGGCAACGACAUUUGGGCUCCUCAUCAUCCACCCCCAAGCAGCGCUUUGCAGCGGUGGUUCCUACGAGAGGGCACCAGCUGCCAUGAGUUCCAAAGGCCAGCUCAGCAGGUGCUGGCCAUGUUGGACUCAGGUGAUUUGUGGAACUGCGAUCACGCUCCGGGAAGUCAUUUGUGUCCAAACCUUCAUGAAGCUGCAAGCCUGUGGUAUGAAGGCAGGGGAGUUUUUUUUUGGAACUGGGCCGCCACCAAUGGGCCUUUGGAAGCCGAAGUUGGGGAACGACUGGGUGCAGGAACUCAGAUGUGGAACCGAACUUGCCAAUACCAACUUCACAGACGGUUGGUGAAAGGUAUGAAUAGGGGCGUGUGGCCCCUAUUCAUUCAGUUUGGACACUUGUUUUGA